AUGACGUAUUCAUGGCAUCUCCGAAUUCAUUUUGAAUCAAUUUUGGUUAACGUUGUUCAGGGAUUUCGCAAAAUCGAAGCUGACAGGUGGGAGUUUGCGAAUGAAGGGUUCUUGAGAGGAAAAAGACAUUUGUUGAAGAACAUACAGAGGCGAAAGUCAACACAUCAGGCUGGGAGUUCGAGUUCUUCUGGAUCAUCCGCUGCAGUAGAUGAGAUUGAGAAACUCAGGAAGGAGAAGAGUUUGAUGAUGCAAGAAGUAGUUGAAUUGCAGCAUGGCGCUCAGGAACAUGCGAAUUCCCCAUAUCUGUCAAAUGCCAAUGAUCUCCACAAUACUAUCGAUAUCGCGUUUAGGAAGUCCGAAAACGAGCACGGAAGAUGGCUUGCUUGGGCUAUAAACCCAACAGCUACUGGAAUGAUCGGCUCGCAAGCUUUUGUCGCGUUGCAGCGUUCUAAUGGUGCUCUUGAAGCAUACACAUCACCUAUCGACACCUACGGAACCACGCUUACCAAAGGCGACUUAAGUUUUAGGGUUCACGAUGUUUCAGCUCAGAACAUCAAUGGACAAGUCAUCAUCUUUGCCAAGUUUGAGCUACCUAUCAAUGCAACCAAUAUUGUGAAUCAUGUUUGGCAAGAAGGUCCACUACAAGAUGAUGAUACACCAGGAGUUCAUGGCUUGUCAGGAGAUAACUUGAAGUCUUUAGGGACUUUAGAUUUCCAUUCCGGGAAAACUGUGGCUAUAACUCAUGUAAAACCAAAUUCAAGGUCUAACGUAAAGAUUGCUCACGGGAUUAUCAAUGGGGUUAGUUGGGGAAUGAUGAUGCCACUAGGUGUUGUUCUUGCUAGAUUGAGAUAUCUACCAUUGCCAGAAUUACCAGCUUUGUGGUUCAAUCUACAUAUUUAUUGUCAAACUAUAGCUUUUUUUCUUGGCAUUGCUGGUGGAGGUUUGGGAUUUUUUCUUGGGAGACAAUCGUCGGGCAUACGAGUGAAACACACUUCUCAUAGAUAUAUUGGCAGUGCACUCUUAGGCCUUGCAACAUUACAAGUCUUAGCUCAUUGUUUAAGGCCAAAAAAGGAUCACAGAUAUAGGGUAUAUUGGAAUAUCUACCAUUGGUGCACUGGUUAUACUACUAUUAUACUGGGAAUCGUAAAUUGUUUCAAGGGUUUUCAGAUGAUGGAGGUGGGGAUUUGGAAGAAUGCUUACAUUGCUUUUCUUGCUUCCUUGGGAUUUUUGGCUGCUGCUCUCGAAGUUCUCAGAUGGUACUUGAAGCCUAAAAAAGGAACUACAUCAGAAGCUUCUGCAAAGGGUAUAGAACAGGCGUAG